AAGGAUUCUAUUCGAGGGAUCUUUCCUUUUCUUUCAAAUCAUGUCAAAUUUGGAAGAUUCUGUUUGAGGGGCCAUUCUUCCAAAUCUUUUCCAAUCGUUUCUUCUCUAUCCAAUUACUCUCUACCAAACACUCUGUACAAUAUCUUUUUCUUUCUUUUUUCUCCAAAUCCCUCUAAUAAAUCCCUCCAUCCAAACAAAGCCUAAGCUAUUAUUCUGUACUGUGCUAGGGUUUUCAGAAGAACUGGUUGUCAAAGUUUGUUCCUUUUUCAUUUAUCCUCUUGUGUAAUGUUGUUUCUUUUAUGCACUCCCUGCAAAGAGAAGGCUGUUGUUUACGAAUCAAUUGUUGAUUUUUCAUUUAUAACAGCAACCCUUUUACCCAUUCUUCUUUGAGCGAAUAAGUUAUUGUUUCGUGACUGGAUUCAGGCCAACCAUUCGCUGUUAAGAUCUUGGAGAAGAAUUGAAUUCUUUGCCUCAAGAUCACCGAUCAGCUCACCAAAUUUGGGACAGCAUCUCCGCCCUGUAUUCCGCUCAUUAAAGUCUGACUACACCCUCACACUAAUCUCCUCUCAGGCCUCCCUACUUUUUGCCCAAUCACCGUGUUAUCUACUUCGCCAGCAGCAAAGAUAGUCAGUUCAGUAUGAGUUCCCGCAUGGUAAAAUUCGGGAUCUGCAUCGUUCAUGCAACUCAUCUUCCAGAGUGCAGUGAAAACUCCCAAAUGCAUGCUUACGUUGCAGUUGCAGUUGGGAAGCAUAGAGUGAAGAAAACUCAAACCGGCUGGCUUAACAUGCGAAGCUCGCUUUGGUUAUCCAUCUUAUUUUUCAAAUUAGACGUGUCGGAGGUUGAUCAAGAAGGGGUCAUGGUUUCUUUCAAGUUAUACCGGAAGGAUGCCAAUUCCAAAAAUGACGAGUACAUUGGUGGGGUGUACAAAUCUUUAAAUCAGUUUUGGAAUGAGAGGGUGAUGAAUGAGCAGGACAUACCGUGUGAUUUACCCUUGAAAAAGGAUUUGGGUGAAUUUGUUGGACGGAUAUAUUUUAGUUACUGGUUUAUUGAAGAUCCCUGGUGGAACAAAUUGAGUAAGAAAAAGAUUUCCUGUACGCCGAUUUUCUGUGGCUUAAACUCUAAGUUUUCUCAUGGAAGCAAAAAGAUCAUUGGUUUCUCUUACAAAGCUAAUGAAUAUGCUUCGAUAGAGCCCAACUUUACAAGCCGUGUAGAAGGAGCCUUGGGCAUUCGGGACUGGUUGGAAUCACAAGGUCACCAGUACAUUGUCAUCGACGGCAAAGAUGGAUCUGAUUGUGAACUUGAGAAGCAUAUUCCUGAUCUCCACGUGCUGAUAACUACCCCUUUCCAUCCGACCUAUGCAACGGCUGAAAGGAUCAAGAAGGCCAAAAAAUUGCAACUGGUGCUCACAGCUGGAAUUGGUUCUGAUCUUAUUGAUUUGAAGGCAGCAGCUGCUGCUUGUUUAACAGUUGUAGACGUCACUGGAAACAAUGUAGUCUCUGUUGCAGAUGAUGAGCUCAUGAGAAUCCUCAUUCUUGUCAAGAAUCUUUUGCCUCGAUACCAUCAAGUUUUCAGCAGGGAGAGGGAUGUUACAGCUAUUGCUCAUAGAGCUUAUCAUCUUGAAGGAAAGACGGUGGGAAUUGUUGGCGCUGGACGUAUUAGCAGGCUUUUACUUCAACGUUUGGAGCCUUUCAACUGUAACCUCCUAUAUCAUGAUUGGGUCAAGAUGGACUCAGAAUUGGAGAAUCAAACAGGGGCAAAGUUUGAGGAGGAUCUUGACUCAAUGAUUGCCCAAUGUGACAUAAUUGUCAUCAAUACACCUCUCAUGGAGAAAACAAAAGGGAUGUUUGACAAAGAUAGGAUUGCUAAGCUGAAGAAGGGAGUUCUAAUUGUUAACAAUGCUUGGGGAGCAAUCACAGAUGCACAAGCAGUUGUUGAUGCUUAUUCUAGCGGACAAAUUGCAGGUUACAGUGGGUAUGUUUGGUACCCACACCCAACUGGGCUUCGGAAAUGCAUGCCAAUGCCAAUCCAACCUAUGACCCCUCGUAUUUCUGGCACUACCGUUGAUGCGCAGUUGCAAUAUGCGGCUGGAGUGAAGGAUAUGCUAAAGAGGUACUUAAAGGGUGAAGAUUUUCCUCCACAAAAUUACAUUGUCAAGGAGGGUCAACUAGUAAGCUACUGAAGAUGAUGCUAGUAAGGCUCGUAAGUGGGAUCUCUCACAUCUGAGGGUUUAAACUUCUAACCUCUUAAACAGUUUUAAUAUAUACAGAGUAGUAGUGUAACAUAACUCUUUGGGAAUGGGUUUUAAGAGCAGACAAAAAAAAUGUAAAAAUUGUAUAAAUAAAUUUAAAAAACAACGAUAUGCAUGAAUUUAAUUUGGUUCGACUCGAGCAAAAUCGAAACAGAAAGAUUGACUUACUAUAUGGGUGUCUGAAUGGUGUGAGGGUAUUUUCGACUCCCAGCUUAAUCUCUCAUUGCACAGAGAUUGUUUCUUUGACUAGAAUUGUACUUGGUUAUUUCCAAGAAACCAAAUGGAUCUGAAAUUAAUGCUAAUAAUGUGUAAUUAA